ACCUUGACUUGCGUGUCAACAACUCCGAUGUCAACAAUCUCCGAUUGCAAUCUGCACAGCAAACGAAUUUUACCGUAAAACUGUUGUUUAAUUUACGUUUUCCUGUAUUUUCUGUGUUAAAUGUAAGGGUUUCAAAAAACUAACUACAAUACACGCAACGGUGCAAUGAAUGAAGAAUCUCAAGUAUGGACGGACGAUCAGUCGAACGCAUCGUCCGACUGCAGCGAUAGCAGUUGCGAUUCGCGAUCACACGAAUGGGGCCAGUAUAUCGUAAACAAUUCGCUGUUCUUCGUCAAGUUCGAUCUUGUGUGCCACGCGAAACCUGCCGUCUUCGACGAUGAUCUGUUUUUUCGAAAUGAAUAUCGCCGGCUGUCGAUACGGAAGAAGGAAAGCAUUCUGUCCCGUUUCGGGCAGAAGGAUAAGGGCAAACACAAGCUGUUCCGGGUCAGCGUCAUCGACACGACGAAAAAGGAACAUAUCAACGGUAUACAGAAGGAUGUGAUAAUCAGUAUUGCGCCCAAGAAGAAUGUACCGCUCAAGGAAGUGUUGCCACUAACUGAAACCAUCCUGGGGCUUACCACGAGCCUGUUCCCGGAUGGCCGGAAGUUGAUGGUCGAUAAGAUCAAAGAUUUUUCGGUGUUUGCCAAGGGAAAGCUGGUAAAGUCAAAAGAUUGGAUAAAAUCAAUCGAUACCGAGCAGGUUACGGUGGACAAUUUCGAAUCGUUGCUCGAAGGAUCGACCAAGAUACCGACGAUCAUAAAAAUUUGCUUCUUUGAAAUGAUUGAACCGGACAUCAGCAAUGCGAUCGAGAUCAAAAUUACCAACUUGAUGGAUUUGAUCCAGAGCCAAGAAACAUUGUUCGACAAGGAGGACAUACAAUCGAUGAGCAACAAUGAUCUUAUCUUUAGCAUGAUCUACAUUUCGAAGGAGUACACCCAGAACGAUGAGCUGGACGUGAAAUUUUGCUACCCGACCCGGGAAAACAAUUAUCUGUUCAACUCCCGGGGCAGCUUCGUAACGUUGCAUUCCAUUUUCAACCAGUCGUUUAACCAGCAAUCGAUAAUGACGAAUCUUAAGAUCAAAAAUGUUCUCUACUACACAACCUACAAUGUGCUGGAGGAUGGAAUAUUGCUGCUGGGCUUCAGCUCAAAGUACUCAUCGGUGUUUGCCGUUAAGCAGAAAAGUGAGCAGAUUUGUCGAUUUUUAAACGCUCUCUAUCAAACGGGCGCCUCCAUGUUUAACAGACCGAUCGAGCAGCAAACAGAGCUGAUGCAGUUGUGCGAAAUGAUUCGCCACUCGAUCAAAGCGAACAGAAACUGUGACAAGUUCGAGAAAACGUUUCCGCAGGCCCAUUUCGUGCCACUGCCCAAAGAGAUACAGCUGCGCAUAGACGAUGCGUUGGGGGAGCUGGAAGCGAUGGACUAUCGCAACUGGAACGAUGAUUUUGUCGAUCUGUUCUGCCUGCUGACCGUGAUCGGCUGUGCCCUGUACUACAAGCAGCACCUUAUAUGUACGCAUCUGAGCGGCGAGUACAUGAUGGACAUUGAGACGAUGCUGAAGAAUCUGGGCGUGUUUGAAAUUCUUACCACCACUGAUGUGAAGAACAUGGCCAUCUGGCGAAAGUUUUAUCCGAAGCAGUACUGCGACGAUGGGUUUCACGAGAAGAACGAUGCCUAUCUAAUGCUCGUGUCGAUUGGCAACCUGCUGAUGGUUGUUGUCCUCGAAGUGCCGAUUGAUACGACUCACAACAAAUCGUUUUCCCGGUACGUCGAUGAAAUACAGGACAUGCUGAGCUACUUUAAAUCGACCGGUAUCGAAAAUCUUAUUCGCAUCUGGAUUGACUCGAACAGACGCCCGCAAUGCAUUCCGACGAAUGUUGGCAAGCAGAGCAAUGAACAAACGCCGCACGAGGACCGCACGGCACAACAAUUGCGAAGCCACGACGAGGAAUCUAACGCGUCCAGCUCGAUCAAGAACCAAACCAUCCGGGAGGAACCAAACCCGGAACCGGACGAUGAUGACGAUUCGGACUGGGGUCAAAGUAUGGACAGCAGUCAGCGUAGCAGCAGCUUCGACAUCACGGAUCUAUCCGAAAAUCGGUGCAAAGAAUUUUCGGAACUAAUCCCAACGCAACUAACAACCGGGCUGGACAAUCUGCUGUUUUACUACGUGCAGCUUGAGGUGGGCGAUGGAUACUUUCUGGCGCCCACCAUCAAUGGUGCUAACGUGAAAAAUGACAUCGUAAUGAAUCUUUUCCGCAAAACCUGCACACUUAUUCAUGCUACUUUUGAAAAUACGAAAAAGUUCCGUACCCUGCUGUCGCGCGAAUCGACCAAGCUGAACACGCAACGGUCGCUGGUGGCAAUCAAGGAGCAGGGUAUGCUGCUGUCCGUACCGAAGGAUCAUGGCUCCGGCGAGCGGGUUGAAUUUUGGGUUGUUGGACGACUGUUCCACAGUCCGGCCAAGGAGCUGUACGUGUGUCAUCGGGCAGAUGCGCCACAGAAUAUGGUUGAGCUGGCAUUUAGAAUUUGUCUCACUUGCGCGGGAUAGAAUAAGGACGUUACUAAUUAAGCUAUUUAACAAUCAAAUCCGAGCCUUCCACUUAAAGCAACGAAUAAGGACUGAUUAUUUUUUGCAUUUAUAAACUCUCUCGUAGCGGUAGGAAAUAGUUGAUUAAGACAUCAAAUGUCCCAUUUUACAUUUGGUCCGACGAGACAAACAAUAAAGAAGUUCGGCUACUAAAUGUU